AUGAGCAACUACGACGGUUCCAACCCAUACUACGGCGGCGCUGGCGGGGGGUACGUGGCGGGCGGCGGCAACGGCGACUACGGGUCUUCCCAGGACUCUCCCGGUGGUAAAAAGUCUCGUGGCAACGCUACCAUCCGACCUUUGACGAUUAAACAAUUCAACGAGGCCCAGCAAGUCCAUCCGGAUGCCGACUUUUCCAUCGAUGGCGAGGACGUCACCCAGGUCUUGCUGGUGGGAUCUGUGCGCAAUGCGUCGACCACAGCGACAAAUGUGGCCUAUGAGAUUGGAGAUGGAACAGGUUAUGUGGACGUCAAGCUCUGGCUUGACUCUGCCGACGACCAAUCCGGCAAGACUGACGGCAUCCAGCAAGAUAGCUACAUCGGCGUCAUGGGCACCAUCAAAUCUUACAACAACAAGCGCCAUGUCUCUGCUACCCACGUCCGACCCAUAACAGACCCCAACGAGAUCCAGCACCAUCUUUUGAAAGCUUUGCACGUCAGCUUGCUUCUCCGAGGAGGUACUUCUGGUAACGCCGGAGCCAACAGAGCUACCACCGACUACCGCGCCCCUACAGCUUCCUCCUCCGACUACGCCAAGCCAGCUGCCGCUGCCAACCAUGGUGGCGCCGACCCCUACGCCGAGCUGGACCCAUUGGCGCGCGCAAUCAUGCAAAUUUUGGAACGCGAAGGGCCGAAUCACGACGAUGGUAUGCAUGUGGCUGCUUUGAGUAAAGCUACUGGAAGCACGGAUCUGGAGCAGUUUACAUUGGUGCUGGAUUGGCUGGCGGAGAACGGGCAUGUGUUUACCACCAUCGACGAAGCUCACUACCAAAUCGCCUCAUAA